AUGGAUAAUAACCAAAAGAGGAAUAUAACUUUUUUCACCAUUGGAUUAAUAUUUAUGCUGAGCGGCAUAGAGUACGCUGUCAUACUGCCUACGAUCUGGAGUUAUCUGCAGAUUCUGGAGGCACCACCGUACUUUUUGGGUCUGGGUCUGUCUGCCUUCAGCCUGAGCGGGCUGCUGACUGGUCCUCUAUUUGGGUUCUGGUCGGAUCGAAGUAAAAAUACAAAAUCCAUCAUCCUUUUCUCCAAUCUUUUUGAGAUUGCUGGCAUUGGUGCAGGAGCAGGCUCGUCCAUCUUUGGUUUCCUAACAAGGAGCACUCUGCCAGAGGAGCGGGCUGGUAUCUUCGCAGCUGUCAUGGCCUGUCGACAAGCUGGACUUCUUGUCGGGCCGGCGUUCAACUUGUUCCUGCGGCUGUGUGAUUUCAAACUGGGGCCCUUUGUUGUGAACAAGUAUACGUCUCCUGGGAUGUUCAUGUGCCUGUUGUGGGUCCUGCUUCAGUUUGUUGUCCUGGCGACAUUUUGGGAUGUGCUGCCCCUCGACUCCGAAGACGGAGCCAUCAUGAUGGAGAUGAAACGAGAGGAUGGUGAUGAAGAAGAGGCGCCACUCAUGGGGUCUGACGAGGAGCUGGUGCACACCUACAGAGCUGUCGACUCCAACCAACCGGAAAUUUCUACCUCGACUGACAAUGAGCCUGUCCGUGGAACCCAGAACCCUUUUAAGAACUUCAGCGCCAGCAGAGAGUUCUUGAGAGAAGAGGUGGUUGUUCUCCUCACGGCUCAGUUCAUCACUCUCUUCAACCAGACAGCCCUAGAGACCAUGGUGACGCCUCUGACACAGCACUACUUUGGCUUCGGUGAGCUGGGCAACAGUUUGAUGUACAGCCUGUGUGGGGUGGAGGUCAUCCUGGGCUUCUUCUUUGUGCGCUGGCUGAGUAGGAAGGUGGCGGACCGUGUGGUGCUGGCUGCAGGCCUGGUCAUCUGCUGCACCGCCUGUAUCUGGUGCCUCAUUUUCCUCUGCAACCCCCGAGGUGGAUAUGAAUGGAAGCUGUCUGCCUUCAUCAUCGGGGUGUUUCUGCAGCUGCUGGGCCUUCCCUUUGUUGCUGUGUCACAGGUGUCACUCUUCUCUAAAGUCACUGCUGAGAAAACACAAGGCUUUAGUCAAGGAGUCCGACGCUCAGUUGGAGGUCUGGCCACCAUCCUGGGUCCUCUGUGGGCUGGAGGACUGACCAAUAAUUUGUACAUAAUGCUGGGAAUGAUGCUGGCACUUCUUGUAAUGAUCACAGUGAUGACAGCGCUGUCCUACGAGCAGCUAACUGAGCCGAGACUGGUGCAGUGUGCAGAGAGCUCUGAGAGCGGAGGAUAG